AUGGUGCAGGGGAAUCAUGUACAUGCUCUUGGAGAGUCAAUCACUUUUGGUAGGUUUACGUCAAAGUCAUUAGAUUGUGAAAAUUGGUUAAGUGUUCCUCAGAAAAGCUAUGUUGAAGAAGCCAAGAGUUACACCCAGCCUGGAUCGGUUGCUGAGAAGAAAGCUUUCUUUGAUGCUUAUUACAAGAGACUCGCUGCUCAAAAGGCUGCUGCUGCUGCCUUACUGGAGCAAGAAAGGGAAGCUGCCGCAACUGCUCUCCGAGUUAGUGAAUCAAGGCCCCAUGAUUCUCUUGAAGCAGUGUUAAAGUCGCAUAAUAUCAGGAAUACAGAAUCAUUAACCAACAUUAAGAAUUGCAAGGACUAUGUUUAUGGCUCAGUGGAUAGUAAAACUUCUCAAAUGAACAAACCUUUGUUAAAGUCAAAGUUAAAAAUAGAUGAGGAAGUUACGAAAUUAAUGAGCAAGAGAAAACCUGCUAUUUCUUCCUUGGUGUCAUCAGUUGGAUGCAAGCCAUCCAGAAUCCCACCUUCACCUUCAAAAUAUGCAGCUUAUUUGCAUCACAAGAAAGACGAUAUCCGAACUCCAAGGAGCAGAAGCAUUACUAGUAAUGACUACAUUGAGAAAAGGAGAGAAACUCCGAAAUCAUCAAAGACGAUGAUGAAUUCUAGUUCAGUAAGAGAACCUUGUAAAAAAAUCCAAACCACAAAACCUUAUCCAAGUGUUCACACCACACCGAAACGUGGUGCAACGCCUAUGAAAACUCCAGUUAAGGCAUCUGUUAAUGGGGUAAAUAAGCAUUUUGUAAGGACCCCUUCUUCGGUAAAUAGAAGGAUGGAAACACCUGUUCAUCCUACAGCUGGUGGAAGCAAAUCAAGUGCUGGCACAAAAUGGCGGUCAGCAUUUUCAAAGUCGUUGAGUGCCUACAAAAACAAUAUGCAGUCUCCAACUAUCUUGUCGCCCUUUGUGUUGAGAACAGAAGACAGAGCUGCAAGAAGAAAAAAGAAGCUUGAAGAGAAAUUUAAUGAGAAGCAAGCACAACAUGUAGAGCAGCAAAUGGCAUUUGAGGAGAAAGCCGACAUGGAAAUUAGAAGAUUGCGUCAAAGCCUGUGCUUUAAAGCUCGACCAUUGCCCGAAUUUUACAAGGGGAGAGAAACACCUAAGAAUCAGAAGAAAAAGACUCCUGAAGCAAAUCCAAAGUCAUUCACACCACGAAGAAAAGGUUCCCCUUUCACAGCUUCAGAGAAAAAGAUUUCUUCAAGAAGACUAUGGAAAACUAAUGAAGAAAACUCAACUCAACACACAUGCUCUUAUGUAGCAGGAACGGAGAGACAUGAGAAAAUGUCUCCAAAUAUUCAGAAUUGGCACAUAAACACACACAAGACAUUGAGGUAAAGGUAAAAAUGUUGCUUGUUCUUUUUGCAUACAUGUUAAGAAUAGGUAUGUAAAAAUGAGAACGGGUUUGGACCUUGCACAACUGAUUUUCUGAUUGUUCAUGUCCGUUCCCAAAGUUAACCUCAUGACCAUGAGUAUUUUAUA